CCGGCUGACGUUUGCAGAGCGUGACCUGACGAACACAGCAAUUAAAAAUAAGUUCCUCAACAUUUGUCUCGUCGAUACGAUAUUGCGGUGCUAACGAAAAUGACGAGAAAAAAUAUUAUUAAGUUUUCAUACGACAGUGAUGAUGCCAUGGAGAGCUGCGGCUAUCUGAAGUUCACGGAUGACAACAUGAAGUCAAGCUUCUUGCAGAGUCUCAGUACGAUGCGGAAAAAUCGGCUCUUCUGCGACGUGGUAUUACUGGUAGAAAAUACGGAAAUCCAUGCGCAUCGGAAUGUGCUUGCUUGUGUUUCGCCACAGCUGAUGGAACUGUUCAGCACGGAUGCGGGCACACUGAACGGUGGGCCAACCGCAGCCAGUGACGCUAAGCUGCCCUGCUAUCGGCUGAACGGGCAGAUCACGAAGCACGGCCUGAUGUAUCUGGUCGAGUAUGCCUACACCGGAUCAUUGGAAGUGCCUGAUGAGAUGAUCCGCGAUGUCUAUCUCGCUGCCUGGCAGCUGAAGAUCGAUAGUGUGGUGAAGGAGUGCGCCCGCCAUCUUGUGAGCGAGCUGGAGCCGGACAUUUGCAUCGAGACGCGUUCGCUGCCCGGUAUCGAGCGGAACCGACGCUUCGUGCAGGAGGUGGACGCGUACAUCGCGAAAAACUUCCAUCUCGUCUCGGAGACGGCCGGGUUUCUGCAGCUGCCAUGCGUGCUGAUCGAGGUGCUGUAUCAAACGCGCCAAGAGAUGUCGCUGGUGGCGGAAUGCUCUUUGGGCCGGCUCGUUAUCGACUGGAUUCGGCGACAGAUGAUGAACGAGGAUGUAUCGGUUUCCUCGCUGCUAGAACGCUCGCACAUGCUCUACUUGGCACUAGAUAAUUCACUGCAAGACUGUGCAGAUCUGCCACCGGGACAAGAAUCGGAGAGCGAUUUGGUGCAGGACUACAAGCGGCUAGUGCUGAAAUGCCCGAGCAAUAAGAAGCAUCGCAAAGCGUUGAAAACACCUGGCAGGCCACGCAUGAUACUGUACAGCCGUGACAUCGGUGACCGUAGUGAUGCCGCGGAUGCUGCCGCCACGGAGAUGGAUUGGAGUUUGGUUGGCUGCAGCAAGCUUUCCGACCAUUCGUAUGUUGCGCUCGUUACGCUGAACGGCAACUUGGCGCGUUUAUCCAUUCAGCUGCGCCUGAACAUCCCUACGACACCGUCCCCGAUCAACACGCCGGAUGUGAUGAGCACCAGUGUCAGCAGGGAUGAAGAUCUGGACGAAUGCCAGCAGCCGGAACUGUUUUGCGAGGUCGCUACCAUGUCCGGCGCCAAGUGCGGUCUCGGUGUAGCCGAGCUUGAAGGCAAGCUGCUCGUUUGCGGCGGCUACGAUCGGGCCGAGUGUCUCCGAUCGGUAGAAUCCUACUGUCCCGAGACGAACAGCUGGACACAGCAGUCGAAUAUGGGAGAGGCUCGUGGACGCGUCCAGAUAGCGGUUAUCGAGGGAACGGUUUACGCCGUCGGUGGCUGUAAUGGCACGACCGAGCUGGAUUCCGUCGAGUAUCUCUCCAAGGCGGAUCGAAAGUGGAAGAAGAUGUGCAAACUACCUCUCGCUCGAAGCAAUGCAGGCGUGUGUGCGUUGAAUGGCAAGAUCUACUGCAUCGGUGGAUGGAAUGGACAGAGCGGUAUCAAACAGUGUGACGUGCUGAAGCCGGAAGAGAAUCGCUGGUUCUCGAUUGCACCACUCAACACCGGCCGCUAUCAGGCUGGCGUGACGGCAUACGGCGGCAAGCUGUGGGUCGUUGGCGGAAGCGAUGCGUGGAACUGUAUCGGCUCCGUUGAGGUGUACGAUGUGGAAGCAAACCAGUGGACUCUUGGACCAUCGCUCUUGACGCCGAGGCGUGGUUGUGGCCUGGCCGAGUACAACGGCAAGCUAUACGCCGUUGGAGGUAGUGAUGGCUCACAUUCACUGAACACGACCGAGUGUUACGACGAGGAAAGCAAAUGUUGGAUUGCCGGACCGAACCUUACAUCGCCCCGCUCCAACGUUUCGGUUGCGGUGGUUCAGAACCGUCUGUACGCGAUCGGUGGCUUCUCGGGUAAGACGUUCCUCAGCACGGUCGAAUAUCUUGACGCUGCGACGAACGAGUGGACCACAUUCGUGCCACAAACGAGCGCCAACAUUGACUCGCUGCUCGAGAACUCACUACGGGCGGCUCUGCAGAACGUGCGAUCCUCUUCAUCAACCUCGUCGUCGCCGGACCAUUUGAGCGGCAACGGAGGUGCGAACGAGAACACUUUCAAACCGAUCCACACCGCGCUCAAUAACGAGUACAACCGGCAGCAGCAUUCGCCAAAGGCAACGGCUGCCGGAAAGCAGGACAUUCUCUUCGCUUCGGCACAGAACAGUGCCAAAACGGCACUGCUGGAAGACGAGCAGGACGACCAUGACACCGGGGACCUGAGUAAAACUACGAACGCGACCAAGACAGCGCAGGAGAACAGUAUUAGCCUGCUGCAGCAGCUGGCGGCCAACAAGUGUACGGAAAUUGCGACCGCCGGCAAUCAUUCCAGCUAACUGACGCUGGCAACCGCCGGUGGUUUGACUGCGGUUCCGAUUGACACGAGCAUUGCAGCCGCAGCGCACCCAUCCGUUAUCGAAUGCGAUGACGGCGAGGAGGUGGACUAAGCAGGGAAAGCUGUCUGCACCCAUACAUUUCCAGAUUAAUGUUUUGCACACUCGGCAACGGUCCUUUCUUAUUGGCUAUUUUUCUACACGAUAAUGUGGCGACGUUUGUAAAGAAAAUCUUAUUGGAAAUAUCCAACUGGAAAUCUACAACUUGAGGCUGCUAUGAGCCCACGCUAGACGAAAAGGUGACGUAAGAGGCAGAGUAAGUGAUGAGGACUUUUUUUAAAUGGCGACAAAAAGAGCUAACAGGCGAUGAUUGCAAGCUAAAUAUUAAAAUUACUAGCCAGUAAGAGAUUGUCGUUGAAAUUUUGCUCCUCAAUGGCAUACUUUCCAAAUGGCGCAGUCCUGUCAGCGGAAUGGAAAGUCGGACGGACGCCCAGACUAAAUAGCUUGUAAGCAAGGAUAGAUCAAGAAUAAGUACGAUCAAUAAUUGAUUUGCUGCUUGUCGACAGGCACGAACAUUCAUGUCGUCAUGGUUUUCGCGCCUGCUUCGUGUGCUAUAACGUGCUUGUUUUUGGUUUGUUCCGUAAUGUAAACGAUCGUGGAUGAAAUUUUAAGAAUCUGUCCUAACGGUAGUAAUGUAAAGGUGAUUCAAUUUGCCUACCUUGCCUUCGCACCAAUCCCGUUUAAAAGAUGAACCCAAGAUGCGAUGCAAUGUGUCAUGAUUUUGCAAGUUGUGAGCCAUUCGUUUGCCGCUUUACACCCUAAAGAAGAACACUAGCCGGUAGAUUAGUCUUUCGAUGCACGAUGCGAUUAUUUGCCACGAUUGAUUUUUUGCCACAUGCAGCACAUUCUAAAGUCAUCGUAUUAGGGUUAAACACUGAUUGAGCUACAUCGCGAUGAACGCAAUUAACGUGCACUGAACUUGCGUUUUGAACUUUGCACAGCCCCCCAAAUGCGCAUUCCUCUGGUGUAUUGACUAACAUUCAUCGAACCGCAUUACUAUCGAAUGCGACGGGAGACACAAUGCGUCAGCAUAGGGUCAUUCAAACCUAUCGGUAUAACUGCGUGACACAACAUGUAGGCUCAUAAUCAGCACUGGUUAGGGUGAAAGGGAAUAGCGCAGGUCCAUUUUAUAUAACGGAUAGAAGCACAGGAGUUGUAUGAUCACAUCAAUCCAUUACACUAUGACAGAUGCGUAUAGACUGGGUAUUGUUUCAGACAGAAAGUGGCACUAUUGAACAGAAGGCAUGGUCUGUCCACAGUUGACGGUGUUAAGUUUCACGCAACUCUAUACCUUAAAUAAUGUAGCUACAUAAAAACUGAAAAAAAUCUUUAGAUAUUAUAAGUUCUACUAAAAAAUAUGACUUUUUUCUAAAGCAAUUAUUGAAUGCACGGAA